CUCUGCCCUCCUCCCCCAGACCUGCCCGCGCUGCUGACGCCCUCCGCCGAAGCCCAGAUGGUGCAGUCGCUGGGCUUUGCCGUGUACCGGGCGCUGGACUGGGGACUGGACGAGAACGAGGAGCGGGAGCUGAGCCCGCGCCUGGAGCAGCUCAUCGACCUGAUGACCAACAGCGACUCCGAGGACAGCGGCUGCGCCACGGCCGACGAGGGCUAUGGGGGGCAGGAUGAGGAGGAGGAGGGGGGCGAGGGGCCGCCUCGCUCCGUGCGCACCUUCGGCCAGGCCAUGCGCUGCUGUGCCGCCCGCCUGGCCGACCCCGCGGGCGCCCCGGGGCACUACCAGGCUGUGUGCCGCGCCCUCUUCGCCGAGACCGUGGAGCUCAUGGCCUUCCUCGCCAAGAUCCGCGAUGCCAAGGAGCUACUGCAGAAGCUGAAGGAGGAUGAGGAAGAGGAGGAGCGGCCGGCGGCGGAGCUGGGCAACCUGCGCAACACAGACUGGGCCCGGCUGUGGGUGCAGCUGAUGAGGGAGCUGCGGCACGGAGUGAAGCUGAAGAAGGUGCAAGAGAAGCAGUUCAACCCUCUGCCCACCGAGUACCAGCUCACGCCCUUUGAGAUGCUCAUGCAGGACAUCCGUGCCCGCAACUACAAACUCCGCAAGGUCAUGGUGGAUGGAGACAUCCCCCCCAGGGUGAAGAAAGAUGCCCACGAGCUCAUCCUUGACUUCAUCCGCUCACGGCCCCCCCUGAAGCAGGCAUCAGAGCGGCGGCUGCGGCCGCUGCCCCAGAAGCAGAGGACGCUCCAUGAGAAGAUCCUGGAGGAGAUCAGGCAGGAGCGGAAGCUCCGGCCCGUGGAGCAGAAAGGAUACAGCUCCUUGCCCUGCAUCCCACACGCCUGUGCUGGCCACCUGACCUCCAGCUCCUGCCUCGAGCUGUCCCGGUGCCCGGCCAGCGCCGUGCCUGUGCGCCCACGGCCACGCGUCCUGCUCAAGGCACCCACCCUGGCCGAGAUGGAGGAGAUGAACCUCUCUGAGGAUGAGGACUCUCCGGCCACAGAGGUGCCGCUGAAGCGGGAUCGCUCCUUCUCAGAGCAGGACCUGGCACAGCUGCAGAGCCAGCUGGGAAGUGACCAGGCUGUGCCCCGGGACCCAGAGCCACUGCAGCCCGAGCCCCGGCCCCGCUCAGGCUCCGUCCCCGCCAGCUGCCACCCGCUGCCAGAUGGCCCAGCACUGCCCCGGGCUGCCCUCGGCGCUGUGGAAGAGAGGCCAGAGGAUGGAUCCAGUGCUGCCCCUGCCAGCAGCUCCAAGCACCUCUGGCUGGAGUUCAGCCACCCUGUGGAGAGCCUGGCCCUGACUGUGGAGGAGAUGAUCAACGUGCGCAGGGUGCUGGUCAAGGCUGAGAUGGAGAAGUUCCUGCAGAGCAAGGAGCUGUACAGCAGCCUGCGGAGGGGGAAGGUCUGCUGCUGCUGCAGGGCCAAGUUUCCUCUCUUCUCCUGGCCUGCAUCGUGUUUCUUCUGCAAGCGGUGAGCACUGUGCCAUGCUCAGCAGGGUCCCCACAAUGGCCNCUGCUCCGACUGCGCCGGCUUCGUCACGGACGUGGUCAGCUCCAGCCGCCGCAGCGUGGCCGUCCUGAACGCCAGCGCCGCGUCCCGGCGCCACGCCAAGGCCCGCUCCCUCUACAGCGACGCGUGGCUCCAGUGAAGGGCCGGGAGCCCCGGUGAUGGUCGCCACGGGGGUGCCGGUCACCCCGGCACAGCCCCCCGAUGUACAUAUAUACAUAGGACGGAUACACACAGCUUCUAUAUUUAUAUACGUUAUGGACCGGGGGGCAGAAGGAGCCGUUCCCGCUGUCCCUGCCAUCCCCUUCUGUCCCCGCCACCGGCCCCCGAGGGGAUGGAUCCUGCUGCGGAACACCCGCAGCCGCUGUGCUGUCCCCGCUUCUGUGCCAAGCCCUGGCUGUGCCGGGGUGCCCGGUGCCCUGGGCUGGCAUGGCUGUUCUGUACGUCCCCUCCAUAAUAAACCCGCUGGGCUGCCCUGGGGCCGCGUGGCUGCUCCGGAGUGGAUGGGGAAGAGCGGGGAAGGGUGCUGCGGGGUGUGAGGGGAUCGAGGAUGGGGGCACUCCA